AUGGUGCCCAACGAACAGCUAGCAGGCGUCUUUGCCUCUGCCAUGGCUGACAUGGACGUCCCCAUGGAGUUCGACCCCGGCACUACCGAGGUCAAGCCUGGCGCAACAGACCAGGGAAAUGUCGCCUUUGUAGUGCCCUCUAUCCAUCCCAACUAUGACAUUGGCGCACCGCUGGGCGCGACGAACCACACCGAGGGUUUCACAGCCGCAGCUGGCACGCCCUUCGCCUUCAAACGUACGCUUGUGGUUGGCCAAGGACUAGCGAAGACGGCGUGGGCCAUGUUGACAGAUGACGAGCUUGCGUUAACGCAAGGUGUUGGCAGCCGUGGCACUGGCAGCAUAAGUGGGAAAUGCAUUCACCAAGUACGUGUUGAUGGGCAUGGAAACACAGAUGCUACCCAGGCCAAAGAUGAAGAGACCGACCUCCGGGACCAUCCAGUGGACGUUAAACUCCAGCGUCCAUCCGUAGAUGAGGAGGCCGGCCGGUAUAAGCAGGCUACCUGGUAUGAUCAGAGGAAGUCUAUAUUCCGGUUUCAUCUCGCCACCGCAGGCCAUAUUCUUCAUCAGUCGAUCCGAGGCGAAUCCGAGCGACAGAUUGCCGACGAUGUUCCCAACGCCGAAGCCCAGGUAUAG